CAAACAAGAAUACAUUGAGGCUCUUAAUUUUUGUUGUGGAAGGUUGCAAUAAUCCAAUAAUGGAAAAGGGGCCUCACAAAGUACCAGAAGAAGAUGCCUUAGACGUGAAAAACAACGAGGUCCUAAUUUAUCCGAGAGGCUUUAACAUCACAUGGGGCAACGAUGAUCGCUAUUGGAAGAAAUUCAACGGGGAAAAAAAUUGUGCGGCAGAACUGAAGCAAGUUUCAUGGCUGGAAGUAGCAUGCUCAAUUGAUAAGAAACUAAAGUAUGGGAAGACAUAUAAAGUGGGUUUCGAAGUGUCAUUGAAACCAGAUGCGUUUGGAUGGAAAGAUGUCGAUGUUUAUGUGAUGGCCAAGGUUGGCAAGUCAGGGAAAUACAGUUAUAGGAAAGUCCAUCUUGACAGGGCACCCCUAGGUGAAAAGAUACGCAUCCCUGAUUAUUUCAAUGAAACCUUAAAAAUCAAGGCUAUGCGUCCACCAUCCAACAAGCAUGACGGGAAGCAUGACGAGAAGCAUGACGAGAAGCAUGACGAGAAGCAUGACGAGAAGCAUGACGAAAAGUCUAACGAGAAGUCUAACGAGAACGACAAGUCUAACCAGAAGCCUAACAAGAAUCCUAACGAGAAGUCUAACGAGAAGCCUAGCGAGAAGCCUAACGAGCCUAACGAGAAGUCUAACGAGAAACCUAAGAAGCCUAACGAGAAGUCUAAGAAGUCUAACGAGAAGCCUAACGAGAAGUCGGAAUCCCCAGAAAUCCAUUUUGGUUUGUAUGAAGUAUGGACUAAGAAGUGGAAGGGAGGGUUGAUGAUUCAUCACGCCUACAUUGAGGAGCUCAAACCAGCUGAUCCCAAAAAUGAAGAGUCCUCCUCUCAACCCCCCGCCGUAUCAAACCAAUGAGGUUUCCUUGAAGGGUUCCUUAGGGUUGUGGGAAAAUGUUAAGGUCCAUCGUGAGUUUUAUUAUUGUUUAGGAUAAAGACGGCUUACUAUAUAUAUAUAUCAUAUUAGACUCCUUAUUAUACA